AUGACCGAAUUCACCGCCGCCGAUUCUUUUUUCGACUUCGACGCGGCCACUGACAAUGACCUGGCAAACGAGGUUGGGGUCGAAAAGCCCAAAGCUCUUUGCAGCUUCUUCAGAUACCCUACAGACUUGCAUGAUCAACGUCCACAGCCGCGCAGCGCCAUGAGCUUUCAACCCACCCAGCAGGUAGGUCAAAGAGCGGCGAUCCCUGAUUCAAGCCCAACUUUAGCCCCUCUUCUCAGUCCAGGGAUGCAGCAACAGUGGCCUGCUCUCUCUCCUAGGAGCCAGUACACGGACACUGGCCUCUUCACUUGUGGAGAAUCUACGCCUCCGAACCAACCGAUUUUGCACUACCCGCAACAGCAACAGCAGCAUGAGGCUAGACCUCAACCAAACGUCCAGCAACAAGAGCCUGCUUCCGCUCCCGCGAGCCAAAGCAUGGAACCUAUCCGCAACACCUACGAGCAACCUCCAGCUCGUUGCAUAUUGCAUACCAGGAUGUACCAACAAGACUUUGGUCCCUCUUCCAUGGACCCUAACUUGAGACCUCGCCCAUACACCCACAAGCGACCUUCGGCUUCUUCCUCCCCAAUCACCCAACACCAGCAUGCUCCUCUCCCCCUAAAUGUCGAGUCUCAAAAGCUCCGACCCAACCACCUCCUCCAACGGCCAACUCCCCUCCCUCAAAGCCGCCAGCGCCUCCCAGCCGGCCCUUCAAAGGAGUCCCCCCCCAAAACUCCUCCUGCCCCUCCACCAAUCCAACCGCACCAGCAAACCGCCAACCACACCUUCCCACCCACGCCGGAACGACAGCAAGACCCCCCCCACCCUCUCCACCCAGCAACAAGCGCCAUCUCCCAUCCCCACUCCCCCCACUCCCCCCACCGCCACCAAGCCACCCAUCAAAGGCAGCAAACCGUCCACCGGCAUCACCAAACGCCCCGCCAAAACCGCGUCCAAACCCCGCGGCCGCCCACCCAAAGAAGCCCCCUCGACCGGCUGGGUCAACGCGACCGUGGCGCCGGAGGAGCAUUUCAACACCACCAUGUACGGCCGCAACAGCCUCCGCGGCGUCGGGUCCGAAGCGCGGUUGGCGGAGCCGUGGAACCGGCCUUCGGUCAAGUGCAAGGGCAAGGCUAA